CAGUUAACAGACUCUCUUCUCCAUCGCCGUACCAUGUCCACCAAUGUAACCCCCACAGUAACUGCGAGAACGACACCGGAGUAGCAUCGGCCGUCGAGAAGUCGAGGAGUGUUGUGUGGCCACUUUCUGUCCCAAGCCAAAUGGAUCAGCGGUGGUGGUGGUACACUGAGGUGUCACUGACGGUGUUGCUGUUGUUGCUGAAUGUCAAUCGUUCGGUGCGGGCAGACGCGAGAUGUCCGAGAGAAAAUGAAAUCUGUGUCCCAACGGAGAACUGCCUGUACGGGGUGGUGAACGAGGGUGCCGUUUUCUUUAUGAUGCCACGCUUCGGUGGUGACGAUGAUGAGUGUGAGGAUGAGGAUCAGGUCUGUUGUAAGAAAGUGCCCGUCAAGCCCAACCCGUACUCCCUACCCGAACAGCCAACUGAACGUCCGGUGGUGGUGGUCGAGGACAGUGAAUCGUUGGAGGACGAACAAUCGGAUUGGAGUGAACAGUGUGGUAAGAACAGCAACGUGACGGAGAGCGCUGGCUUUCUGGCGAACCGGUGGGAGUUUCCCUGGAGUGUGGCGAUCUUCCGGAGCGUUUGGUUGGCCGGCAAAUGGAGGAAUGUGUUUCUCUGCGGUGGCACACUGCUCGAGGAUCACACCAUCUUGACCACGGUGGAGUGCGUGCGGCAUCAGCUGAAAGCGUCGCUCAGGGUUCACGUUGGCCGCUGGGAUCUGGGGAACACGGAUGAGAAAGGCAAGAAGGUACUGGAAGUAGAAGAAGUAGUGCUCCAUCCGGACUACAAACCAUCCAGCAAGCAAAACAACAUUGCCCUCCUGUUCCUCGCUGACAAUGUGCGGUUCGGUUCCUCGGUGAACCGGGUCUGUCUAGCGGAGCGCGAACACCGGUACGACGUCGAGCAUCUCUGCUACACCGUUGGAUGGGGCACCAAGUUCGUGAACGAGGUAAAGCAGCUGCAAAAGUUGAAAACAUUCCUGGCGCUUCGUAACGAUUGCCAGGAAUCGAUCCGACGGUAUACAUCGUUGUCCAAGUUUGAGCUGUCGCCGGCGGAUGUCUGUACCGAGGCGGUGGACACAAUCGACGGCAACUAUCCGUGUGCGCGAAUCACCGGUUCUGGGUUGGUGUGUGCGAAGGGCAACCAGCAGCACUUCUUGGUCGGUAUCGCCUCGUACUCGCUGCGGAAGUGCUCGAACGCUAGCGUGAACGAUGUGUUCGUGGAUGUCCGGCAGUACACCGAGUGGAUCGAUGGGCACGUACGCGCACGCCACGGUCAACCGGGAACGUAUCGGCCCGAUCCGGUUUUUACAGAAAAAUGAACCAUGACCAACCUGUCUAGCACACUCUAGGCUCUAGUGAUCGUGAUUAGAGUUCACUUCUUUCUGGUGCAAGAACGUAUUUUUAGUUUUGCGAAAUAAAUAUAGCCCUGAAGUGCUUCACGGAA